UUUGCAAACGCACUCCAGCAAAGCUAGAGUCGCUGUUGCAAAUCCACCCGUCCCAGCCUUCUCCCUGCAAGGGCCGAGGCGCGGCGAGGGACGAGCGGCUGGCGCAGCCCUGAACGAAGACGGCCCGCUGUUGCUUUCCUACGGAAGGGGAUUGGAUUUCACACAUUGCAACAGCCUCCGCCGGUCGGAUGGCAAAACUCCCGGCCGGGGCUGGGCAGCGGCCCUCGGUCUGAGCGGAGUGCGGGAGGAACUGCCCGCUUGAGGCAGAGAAACUGUUUUGCUGAACUUCUGCGGCUCCGUUGGCGGAGGGAGGAAGGGAAAGGGGGCCGAUCUCGGAGCGGCGCGCUGCUGAUCGCGCCCGCCUCCCCAGCAACUUCGGAGAACUUCGGCUUCGGGUAGACAACUGAGACCAGAAGACACUGAGGCUGACGGUGAAGCUGAUGCAGAAGAUGAUUCCGUCGAUGAAGUGACGUCAGAAAACAUACGACCAAGACCACAAGGAUCUUCUCCAGUAUAUGAGUACUGCAUAGAAGACGAGUAUUUUAAUAAAAAGCUUCAGCAAGAUAUAGAGAACAGACAAAGAAGGGAUUCUUCCAUCAAAAUGAGUGAUUCACAGGAGUCUAUGGAGGUGACUUUACACACAGAAGUCGAAUCUGGCGCAAGUGGGUUUAGCGUGGCUGGCGGAGGUAACGAAGGAAUAUUUGUGAAGCAAGUGCUGAAGGAGUCCCCAGCUUCAAAGUUAUUCAGUCUGAGAGAAGGUGACCAACUUCUGAGUGCCACGAUAUUUUUUGACAACAUCAAAUAUGAAGAUGCGCUCAAGAUAUUGCAGUAUUCUGAGCCCUACAAAGUGCAGUUCAGCCUUAAAAGAAAGCUCAGUGGGAAGGAGGAUCUGGAAACAUUACAUUCUGCAGCGCUAUCCAAAAAGGAAAAAUUAAGCCAGGGAAAGGAAACACUGGAAGCAUCAGAAAAGACUAUCACAGAAGAAGACAAAGCCAACCUAAUUGUAAAACAAAGAGUAGGAAGACAAAAACGACCAAAGAAAGAUAGACUCUCAUGGCCAAAGUUCCAGUCAAUCAAAGGAAAAAAGAUUUUGGGACAUAGAAGAUCUCGUAGCACAUCAGAUGCAUAUGAGCAUGCUCUUCCAGAUAUCUCCCCAACAAGCACGGACACAGAAUAUCAGCCAGAAGAAAUACAUGAAAAAGUUAAAAAAGGAAGUCAAAAGAAAUUGAAAUUCCCUAGUAUUGGAUUCAAGAUGUACAAAAGUAAGCAAGAAACGGAAGAUAAAGCAAAAUUGGAAGUAAAAGCAUUGACAGAAUAUGAAUACGGUGCUACAGGGGAACCCUCAGAAAUUAUAACAGGAGAAUAUUCUCUACCUUGGACAGAGGAUAACAAAACACGGGAACAGUAUCAUGCAAAAAAAGAUGUAAAAGAAUCAAAGUAUGAAAUAACCACUCCUACAAAAAAGUGCCCAGAAGUUGAAAUUACUGUAAAAAAAACAAAAGAAAAGAAACAAAAAUCAAGAGGAACAGCAAAAGCAGAGUCUACAAUUAUAACAUCCCAGAUAACAACUUCAGCAUUAGAAAUAAAAGAUUCACAAACAAAACAAACGCCAUUUCCAAAGAUACGAAAAAAGAAACAAAAAGACAUCAGUCUUCCUUCCGCUGAUGUCAGCAUUUCCAAACCUGAACUGAAAACGGGAGAGCUUGCGGCCGACCUCAGAGUCUCGGCACCUGAAGUAAAGAUCCCAUCUGGACAGGCCUCCUUGGACAUCAAGGCCCCGGACCUCCAAGUGGAGGCCCCAUCGGCUGAGAUCGCCCUGGAAGGUGUGGAAGCAAAGCUAGAAGGCGUGGAAGGCAAGUUUAAAAUGCCUAAGUUCCAGAUGCCAAAGUUUGGCAUUUCCCUGCCCAAAGGAAAAGGCACAGUGGAGGGGGAAAUCACCGUCCCAUCUCUGGAGGCUGACAUCCCCAGAGCAGAACUAAAAGGCGAAGUGACAGUGCCGUCGCUGCACACGGACCUAAACGUGUCAGGUCCCCACAUUGUGGCCCCAAGCGUGGAAGUGGAGGUGGGCGAGAAGGGCAAAAUGAAAAGGCCUGAUGUCAAGAUGCCCCGUGUCCAACUGCCGACGCUAAAGGGCCCCCAGAUGGGAGUUACCCAGCCGAAGCUGGAGGGAGACCUAUCCCUUCCCAAAGCCGAGGUGGAACUGCCAGAGGGAGAAGUGUCCGUCAAGCUGCCCGAAGCGGAAGCCAGCAUUGAGGGAGGCGGAAUGAAAAUACACAUGCCAAAAUUCAAAAUGCCCAGCAUGGGCUUCUCCAAACCGGACCUCAAAGGCCCCAGAGUCGAUGUGGACCUCAGUGUGCCGACUGCUGACGUCAGUCUUCCUUCUGCUGAUGUCAGCAUUUCCAAACCUGAACUGAAAACAGGAGAGUUUGCGGCCGACCUCAGAGUCUUGGCCCCUGAAGUAAAGAUCCCAUCUGGACAGGCCUCCUUGGACAUCAAGGCCCCGGACCUCCAAGUGGAAGCCCCAUCGGCUGAGAUCGCCCUGGAAGGUGUGGAAGCAAAGCUAGAAGGCGUGGAAGGCAAGUUUAAAAUGCCUAAGUUCCUGAUGCCAAAGUUUGGCAUUUCCCUGCCCAAAGGAAAAGGCGCGGUGGAGGGGGAAAUCACCGUCCCAUCGGUGCAGGCUCAUGUCCCCAAAGCAGAACUCAAAGGUGAAGUGACAGUGCCGUCCCUGCACAUGGACCUAAAGGUGUCAGGACCCCACAUUGAGGCACCAAGCGUAGAACUGGAGGUCGGCAAUAAGGGCAAAAUGAAAAGGCCUGAUGUCAAGACACCCCGUGUCCAAGUGCCCACACUAAAGGGCCCCCAGAUGGGCGUCACCCAGCCGAAGCUGGAGGGAGACCUGGCCCUUCCCAAAGCCGAGGUGGAACUGCCAGAGGGAAAAGUGUCCGUCAAGGUGCCCGAAGCAGAAGCCAGCAUUGAGGGAGGCGGAAUGAAAAUACACAUGCCAAAAUUCAAAAUGCCCAGCAUGGGCUUCUCCAAACCGGACCUCAAAGGCCCCAAAGUCGAUGUGGACCUCAGUGCUCCUACAGUUGACGUCAGUCUUCCUUCCGCUGAUGUCAGCAUUUCCAAACCUGAACUGAAAACAGGAGAGUUUGCGGCCGACCUCAGAGUCUCAGCACCUGAAGUAAAGAUCCCAUCUGGACAGGCCUCCUUGGACAUCAAGGCCCCGGACCUCCAAGUGGAGGCCCCAUCGGCUGAGAUCGCCCUAGAAGGUGUGGAAGCAAAGCUAGAAGGCGUGGAAGGAAAGUUUAAAAUGCCUAAGUUCCAGAUGCCAAAGUUUGGCAUUUCCCUGCCCAAAGGAAAAGGCACGGUGGAGGGGGAAAUCACCGUCUCAUCUCUGGAGGCUGACAUCCCCAAAGCAGAACUCAAAGGCGAAGUGACAGUGCCGUCCCUGCACACAGACCUAAAGGUGUCAGGACCGCACAUUGAGGCUCCAAGUGUGGAAGUGGAGGUCGGUGAGAAGGGCAAAAUGAAAAUGCCGGAUGUCAAGAUGCCCAGUGUCAAAUUGCCCAAACUAAAGGGCCCCCAGGUGGGGGUCACUCUGCCGAAGUUGGAGGGAGACCUGUCCCUUCCCAAAGCCGAGGUGGAACUGCCAGAGGGAGAAGUGUCCGUCAAGAUGCCCGAAGCGGAAGCCAGCAUUGAGGGAGGCGGAAUGAAAAUACACAUGCCAAAAUUCAAAAUGCCCAGCAUGGGCUUCUCCAAACCAGACCUCAAAGGCCCCAAAGUCGAUGUGGACCUCAGUGCUCCUACAGUUGACGUCAGUCCUCCUUCCACUGAUGUCAGCAUUUCCAAACCUGAACUGAAAACAGGAGAGUUUGCGGCCGACCUCAAAGUCUCGGCACCUGGAGUAAAGAUCCCAUCUGGACAGGCCUCCUUGGACAUCAAGGCCCCGGACCUCCAAGUGGAGGCCCCAUCGGCUGAGAUCGCCCUGGAAGGUGUGGAAGCAAAGCUAGAAGGCGUGGAAGGCAAGUUUAAAAUGCCUAAGUUCCAGAUGCCAAAGUUUGGCAUUUCCCUGCCCAAAGGAAAAGGCGCGGUGGAGGGGGAAAUCACCGUCCCAUCACUGGAGGCUGACGUCGCCAAAGCAGAACUCAAAGGUGAAGUGACAGUGCCAUCGCUGCACACGGACCUAAAAGUGUCAGGACCGCACAUUGAGGCCCCAAGUGUGGAAGUGGAGGUCAGUGAGAAGGGCAAAAUGAAAAUGCCGGAUGUCAAGAUGCCCAGUGUCAAAUUGCCCAAAAUAAAGGGCCCCCAGGUGGGGGUCACUCUGCCGAAGUUGGAGGGAGACCUGUCCCUUCCCAAAGCCGAGGUGGAACUGCCAGAGGGAGAAGUGUCCGUCAAGGUGCCCGAAGCGGAAGCCAGCAUUGAGGGAGGCGGAAUGAAAAUACACAUGCCAAAAUUCAAAAUGCCCAGCAUGGGCUUCUCCAAACCGGACCUCAAAGGCCCCAAAGUCGAUGUGGACCUCAGUGCUCCUCCAGUUGACGUCAGUCUUCCUUCCGCUGAUGUCAGCAUUUCCAAACCUGAACUGAAAACAGGAGAGUUUGCGGCCGACCUCAGAGUCUCGGCCCCUGAAGUAAAGAUCCCAUCUGGACAGGCCUCCUUGGACAUCAAGGCCCCGGACCUCCAAGUGGAGGCCCCAUCGGCUGAGAUCGCCCUGGAAGGUGUGGAAGCAAAGCUAGAAGGCGUGGAAGGCAAGUUUAAAAUGCCUAAGUUCCAGAUGCCAAAGUUUGGCAUUUCCCUGCCGAAAGGAAAAGGCGGAGUGGAGGGGGAAAUCAUCGUUCCAUCUCUGGAGGCUGACAUCCCCAAAGCAGAACUCAAAGGCGAAGUGACAGUGCCGUUCCUGCACACAGACCUAAAGGUGUCAGGACCGCACAUUGAGGCCCCAAGUGUGGAAGUGGAGGUCGGUGAGAAGGGCAAAAUGAAAAUGCCGGAUGUCAAGAUGCCCAGUGUCAAAUUGCCCAAACUAAAGGGCCCCCAGGUGGGGGUCACUCUGCCGAAGUUGGAGGGAGACCUGUCCCUUCCCAAAGCCGAGGGGGAACUGCCAGAGGGAGAAGUGUCCGUCAAGGUGCCUGAAGCGGAAGCCAGCAUUGAGGGAGGCGGAAUGAAAAUACACAUGCCAAAAUUCAAAAUGCCCAGCAUGGGCUUCUCCAAACCGGACCUCAAAGGCCCCAAAGUCGAUGUGGACCUCAGUGCUCCUACAGUUGACGUCAGUCCUCCUUCCACUGAUGUCAGCAUUUCCAAACCUGAACUGAAAACAGGAGAGUUUGCGGCCGACCUCAAAGUCUCGGCACCUGGAGUAAAGAUCCCAUCUGGACAGGCCUCCUUGGACAUCAAGGCCCCGGACCUCCAAGUGGAGGCCCCAUCGGCUGAGAUCGCCCUGGGAGCUGUGGAAGCAAAGCUAGAAGGCGUGGAAGGCAAGUUUAAAAUGCCUAAGUUCCAGAUGCCAAAGUUUGGCAUUUCCCUGCCCAAAGGAAAAGGCGCGGUGGAGGGGGAAAUCACCGUCCCAUCUCUGGAGGCUGACGUCGCCAAAGCAGAACUCAAAGGUGAAGUGACAGUGCCAUCGCUGCACACGGACCUAAAAGUGUCAGGACCGCACAUUGAGGCCCCAAGUGUGGAAGUGGAGGUCAGUGAGAAGGGCAAAAUCAAAAUGCCGAAUGUCAAGAUGCCCAGUGUCAAAUUGCCCAAACUAAAGGGCCCCCAGGUGGGGGUCACUCUGCCGAAGUUGGAGGGAGACCUGUCCCUUCCCAAAGCCGAGGUGGAACUGCCAGAGGGAGAAGUGUCCGUCAAGGUGCCCGAAGCGGAAGCCAGCAUUGAGGGAGGUGGAAUGAAAAUACACAUGCCAAAAUUCAAAAUGCCCAGCAUGGGCUUCUCCAAACCGGACCUCAAAGGCCCCAAAGUCGAUGUGGACCUCAGUGCUCCUCCAGUUGACGUCAGUCUUCCUUCCGCUGAUGUCAGCAUUUCCAAACCUGAACUGAAAACAGGAGAGUUUGCGGCCGACCUCAGAGUCUCGGCCCCUGAAGUAAAGAUCCCAUCUGGACAGGCCUCCUUGGACAUCAAGGCCCCGGACCUCCAAGUGGAGGCCCCAUCGGCUGAGAUCGCCCUGGAAGGUGUGGAAGCAAAGCUAGAAGGCGUGGAAGGCAAGUUUAAAAUGCCUAAGUUCCAGAUGCCAAAGUUUGGCAUUUCCCUGCCGAAAGGAAAAGGCGCAGUGGAGGGGGAAAUCAUCGUCCAAUCUCUGGAGGCUGACAUCCCCAAAGCAGAACUCAAAGGCGAAGUGACAGUGCCGUCCCUGCACACAGACCUAAAGGUGUCAGGACCGCACAUUGAGGCCCCAAGUGUGGAAGUGGAGGUCGGUGAGAAGGGCAAAAUGAAAAUGCCGGAUGUCAAGAUGCCCAGUGUCAAAUUGCCCAAACUAAAGGGCCCCCAGGUGGGGGUCACUCUGCCGAAGUUGGAGGGAGACCUGUCCCUUCCCAAAGCCGAGGGGGAACUGCCAGAGGGAGAAGUGUCCGUCAAGGUGCCCGAAGCGGAAGCCAGCAUUGAGGGAGGCGGAAUGAAAAUACACAUGCCAAAAUUCCAAAUGCCCAGCAUGGGCUUCUCCAAACCGGACCUCAAAGGCCCCAAAGUCGAUGUGGACCUCAGUGCUCCUCCAGUUGACGUCAGUCUUCCUUCCGCUGAUGUCAGCAUUUCCAAACCUGAACUGAAAACAGGAGAGUUUGCGGCCGACCUCAGAGUCUCGGCCCCUGAAGUAAAGAUCCCAUCUGGACAGGCCUCCUUGGACAUCAAGGCCCCGGACCUCCAAGUGGAGGCCCCAUCGGCUGAGAUCGCCCUGGAAGGUGUGGAAGCAAAGCUAGAAGGCGUGGAAGGCAAGUUUAAAAUGCCUAAGUUCCAGAUGCCAAAGUUUGGCAUUUCCCUGCCGAAAGGAAAAGGCGCAGUGGAGGGGGAAAUCAUCGUCCCAUCUCUGGAGGCUGACAUCCCCAAAGCAGAACUCAAAGGCGAAGUGACAGUGCCGUCCCUGCACACAGACCUAAAGGUGUCAGGACCGCACAUUGAGGCCCCAAGUGUGGAAGUGGAGGUCGGUGAGAAGGGCAAAAUGAAAAUGCCGGAUGUCAGGAUGCCCAGUGUCAAAUUGCCCAAACUAAAGGGCCCCCAGGUGGGGGUCACUCUGCCGAAGUUGGAGGGAGACCUGUCCCUUCCCAAAGCCGAGGGGGAACUGCCAGAGGGAGAAGUGUCCGUCAAGGUGCCCGAAGCGGAAGCCAGCAUUGAGGGAGGCGGAAUGAAAAUACACAUGCCAAAAUUCAAAAUGCCCAGCAUGGGCUUCUCCAAACCAGACCUCAAAGGCCCCAAAGUCGAUGUGGACCUCAGUGCUCCUACAGUUGACGUCAGUCUUCCUUCCGCUGAUGUCAGCAUUUCCAAACCUGAACUGAAAACAGGAGAGUUUGCGGCCAACCUCAGAGUCUCGGCCCCUGAAGUAAAGAUCCCAUCUGGACAGGCCUCCUUGGACAUCAAGGCCCCGGACCUCCAAGUGGAGGCCCCAUCGGCUGAGAUCGCCCUGGAAGGUGUGGAAGCAAAGCUAGAAGGCGUGGAAGGCAAGUUUAAAAUGCCUAAGUUCCAGAUGCCAAAGUUUGGAAUUUCCCUGCCCAAAGGAAAAGGCGCGGUGGAAGAGGAAAUCACCGUCCCAUCUCUUGAGGCUGACAUCCCCAAAGCAGAACUCAAAGGCGAAGUGACAGUGCCGUCCCUGCACACAGACCUAAAGGUGUCAGGACCGCACAUUGAGGCCCCAAGUGUAGAAGUGGAGGUCGGUGAGAAGGGCAAAAUGAAAAUGCCGGAUGUCAAGAUGCCCAGUGUCAAAUUGCCCAAACGAAAGGGCCCCCAGGUGGGGGUCACUCUGCCGAAGUUGGAGGGAGACCUGUCCCUUCCCAAAGCCAAGGGGGAACUGCCAGAGGGAGAAGUGUCCGUCAAGGUGCCCGAAGCGGAAGCCAGCAUUGAGGGAGGCGGAAUGAAAAUACACAUGCCAAAAUUCAAAAUGCCCAGCAUGGGCUUCUCCAAACCAGACCUCAAAGGCCCCAAAGUCGAUGUGGACCUCAGUGCUCCUACAGUUGACGUCAGUCCUCCUUCCACUGAUGUCAGCAUUUCCAAACCUGAACUGAAAACAGGAGAGUUUGCGGCCGACCUCAGAGUCUCGGCCCCUGAAGUAAAGAUCCCAUCUGGACAGGCCUCCUUGGACAUCAAGGCCCCAGACCUCCAAGUGGAAGCCCCAUCGGCUGAGAUCGCCCUAGAAGGUGUGGAAGCAAAGCUAGAAGGCGUGGAAGGCAAGUUUAAAAUGCCUAAGUUCCAGAUGCCAAAGUUUGGCAUUUCCCUGCCCAAAGGAAAAGGCGCGGUGGAAGGGGAAAUCACCGUCCCAUCUCUGGAGGCUGACAUCCCCAAAGCAGAACUCAAAGGCGAAGUGACAGUGCCGUCCCUGCACACAGACCUAAAGGUGUCAGGACCGCACAUUGAGGCCCCAAGUGUAGAAGUGGAGGUCGGUGAGAAGGGCAAAAUGAAAAUGCCGGAUGUCAAGAUGCCCAGUGUCAAAUUGCCCAAACUAAAGGGCCCCCAGGUGGGGGUCACUCUGCCGAAGUUGGAGGGAGACCUGUCCCUUCCCAAAGCCGAGGGGGAACUGCCAGAGGGAGAAGUGUCCGUCAAGGUGCCCGAAGCGGAAGCCAGCAUUGAGGGAGGCGGAAUGAAAAUACACAUGCCAAAAUUCAAAAUGCCCAGCAUGGGCUUCUCCAAACCGGACUUCAAAGGCCCCAAAGUCGAUGUGGAACUCAGUGCUCCUACAGUUGACGUCAGUCUUCCUUCCGCUGAUGUCAGCAUUUCCAAACCUGAACUGAAAACAGGAGAGUUUGCGGCCGACCUCAGAGUCUCGGCCCCUGAAGUAAAGAUCCCAUCUGGACAGGCCUCCUUGGACAUCAAGGCCCCGGACCUCCAAGCGGAGGCCCCAUCGGCUGAGAUCGCCCUGGAAGGUGUGGAAGCAAAGCUAGAAGGCGUGGAAGGCAAGUUUAAAAUGCCUAAGUUCCAGAUGCCAAAGUUUGGAAUUUCCCUGCCCAAAGGAAAAGGCGUGGUGGAGGGGGAAAUCACCGUCCCAUCUCUGGAGGCUGACAUCCCCAAAGCAGAACUCAAAGGCGAAGUGACAGUGCCGUCCCUGCACACAGACCUAAAGGUGUCAGGACCGCACAUUGAGGCCCCAAGUGUGGAAGUGGAGGUCGGUGAGAAGGGCAAAAUGAAAAUGCCGGAUGUCAAGAUGCCCAGUGUCAAAUUGCCCAAACUAAAGGGCCCCCAGGUGGGGGUCACUCUGCCGAAGUUGGAGGGAGACCUUUUCCUUCCCAAAGCCGAGGUGGAACUGCCAGAGGGAGAAGUGUCCGUCAAGGUGCCCGAAGCGGAAGCCAGCAUUGAGGGAGGCGGAAUGAAAAUACACAUGCCAAAAUUCAAAAUGCCCAGCAUGGGCUUCUCCAAACCGGACCUCAAAGGCCCCAAAGUCGAUGUGGACAUCAGUGCUCCUACAGUUGACGUCAGUCCUCCUUCCACUGAUGUCAGCAUUUCCAAACCUGAACUGAAAACAGGAGAGUUUGCGGCCGACCUCAAAGUCUCGGCACCUGGAGUAAAGAUCCCAUCUGGACAGGCCUCCUUGGACAUCAAGGCCCCGGACCUCCAAGUGGAGGCCCCAUCGGCUGUGAUCGCCCUGGAAGGUGUGGAAGCAAAGCUAGAAGGCGUGGAAGGCAAGUUUAAAAUGCCUAAGUUCCAGAUGCCAAAGUUUGGCAUUUCCCUGCCCAAAGGAAAAGGCGCGGUGGAGGGGGAAAUCACCGUCCCAUCUCUGGAGGCUGACGUCCCCAAAGCAGAACUCAAAGGUGAAGUGACAGUGCCAUCGCUGCACACGGACCUAAAAGUGUCAGGACCGCACAUUGAGGCCCCAAGUGUGGAAGUGGAGGUCGGUGAGAAGGGCAAAAUGAAAAUGCCGGAUGUCAAGAUGCCCAGUGUCAAAUUGCCCAAACUAAAGGGCCCCCAGGUGGGGGUCACUCUGCCGAAGUUGGAGGGAGACCUGUCCCUUCCCAAAGCCGAGGGGGAACUGCCAGAGGGAGAAGUGUCCGUCAAGGUGCCCGAAGCGGAAGCCAGCAUUGAGGGAGGCGGAAUGAAAAUACACAUGCCAAAAUUCAAAAUGCCCAGCAUGGGCUUCUCCAAACCGGACCUCAAAGGCCCCAAAGUCGAUGUGGACCUCAGUGCUCCUCCAGUUGACGUCAGUCUUCCUUCCGCUGAUGUCAGCAUUUCCAAACCUGAACUGAAAACAGGAGAGUUUGCGGCCGACCUCAGAGUCUCGGCCCCUGAAGUAAAGAUCCCAUCUGGACAGGCCUCCUUGGACAUCAAGGCCCCGGACCUCCAAGUGGAGGCCCCAUCGGCUGAGAUCGCCCUGGAAGGUGUGGAAGCAAAGCUCGAAGGCGUGGAAGGCAAGUUUAAAAUGCCUAAGUUCCAGAUGCCAAAGUUUGGCAUUUCCCUGCCCAAAGGAAAAGGCGCGGUGGAAGGGGAAAUCACUGUCCCAUCUCUGGAGGCUGACAUCCCCAAAGCAGAACUCAAAGGCGAAGUGACAGUGCCGUCCCUGCACACAGACCUAAAGGUGUCAGGACCGCACAUUGAGGCCCCAAGUGUAGAAGUGGAGGUCGGUGAGAAGGGCAAAAUGAAAAUGCCGGAUGUCAAGAUGCCCAGUGUCAAAUUGCCCAAACUAAAGGGCCCCCAGGUGGGGGUCACUCUGCCGAAGUUGGAGGGAGACCUGUCCCUUCCCAAAGCCGAGGGGGAACUGCCAGAGGGAGAAGUGUCCGUCAAGGUGCCCGAAGCGGAAGCCAGCAUUGAGGGAGGCGGAAUGAAAAUACACAUGCCAAAAUUCAAAAUGCCCAGCAUGGGCUUCUCCAAACCAGACCUCAAAGGCCCCAAAGUCGAUGUGGACCUCAGUGCUCCUACAGUUGACGUCAGUCCUCCUUCCACUGAUGUCAGCAUUUCCAAACCUGAACUGAAAACAGGAGAGUUUGCGGCCGACCUCAAAGUCUCGGCACCUGGAGUAAAGAUCCCAUCUGGACAGGCCUCCUUGGACAUCAAGGCCCCGGACCUCCAAGUGGAGGCCCCAUCGGCUGAGAUCGCCCUGGAAGGUGUGGAAGCAAAGCUAGAAGGCGUGGAAGGCAAGUUUAAAAUGCCUAAGUUCCAGAUGCCAAAGUUUGGCAUUUCCCUGCCCAAAGGAAAAGGCGCGGUGGAGGGGGAAAUCACCGUCCCAUCUCUGGAGGCUGACGUCGCCAAAGCAGAACUCAAAGGUGAAGUGACAGUGCCAUCGCUGCACACGGACCUAAAAGUGUCAGGACCGCACAUUGAGGCCCCAAGUGUGGAAGUGGAGGUCAGUGAGAAGGGCAAAAUUAAAAUGCCGGAUGUCAAGAUGCCCAGUGUCAAAUUGCCCAAACUAAAGGGCCCCCAGGUGGGGGUCACUCUGCCGAAGUUGGAGGGAGACCUGUCCCUUCCCAAAGCCGAGGUGGAACUGCCAGAGGGAGAAGUGUCCGUCAAGGUGCCCGAAGCGGAAGCCAGCAUUGAGGGAGGCGGAAUGAAAAUACACAUGCCAAAAUUCAAAAUGCCCAGCAUGGGCUUCUCCAAACCGGAUCUCAAAGGCCCCAAAGUCGAUGUGGAACUCAGUGCUCCUCCAGUUGACGUCAGUCUUCCUUCCGCUGAUGUCAGCAUUUCCAAACCUGAACUGAAAACAGGAGAGUUUGCGGCCGACCUCAGAGUCUCGGCCCCUGAAGUAAAGAUCCCAUCUGGACAGGCCUCCUUGGACAUCAAGGCCCCGGACCUCCAAGCGGAGGCCCUAUCGGCUGAGAUCGCCCUGGAAGGUGUGGAAGCAAAGCUAGAAGGCGUGGAAGGCAAGUUUAAAAUGCCUAAGUUCCAGAUGCCAAAGUUUGGAAUUUCCCUGCCCAAAGGAAAAGGCGUGGUGGAGGGGGAAAUCACCGUCCCAUCUCUGGAGGCUGACAUCCCCAAAGCAGAACUCAAAGGCGAAGUGACAGUGCCGUCCCUGCACACAGACCUAAAGGUGUCAGGACCGCACAUUGAGGCCCCAAGUGUGGAAGUGGAGGUCGGUGAGAAGGGCAAAAUGAAAAUGCCGGAUGUCAAGAUGCCCAGUGUCAAAUUGCCCAAACUAAAGGGCCCCCAGGUGGGGGUCACUCUGCCGAAGUUGGAGGGAGACCUUUUCCUUCCCAAAGCCGAGGUGGAACUGCCAGAGGGAGAAGUGUCCGUCAAGGUGCCCGAAGCGGAAGCCAGCAUUGAGGGAGGCGGAAUGAAAAUACACAUGCCAAAAUUCAAAAUGCCCAGCAUGGGCUUCUCCAAACCGGACCUCAAAGGCCCCAAAGUCGAUGUGGACAUCAGUGCUCCUACAGUUGACGUCAGUCCUCCUUCCACUGAUGUCAGCAUUUCCAAACCUGAACUGAAAACAGGAGAGUUUGCGGCCGACCUCAAAGUCUCGGCACCUGGAGUAAAGAUCCCAUCUGGACAGGCCUCCUUGGACAUCAAGGCCCCGGACCUCCAAGUGGAGGCCCCAUCGGCUGUGAUCGCCCUGGAAGGUGUGGAAGCAAAGCUAGAAGGCGUGGAAGGCAAGUUUAAAAUGCCUAAGUUCCAGAUGCCAAAGUUUGGCAUUUCCCUGCCCAAAGGAAAAGGCGCGGUGGAGGGGGAAAUCACCGUCCCAUCUCUGGAGGCUGACGUCCCCAAAGCAGAACUCAAAGGUGAAGUGACAGUGCCAUCGCUGCACACGGACCUAAAAGUGUCAGGACCGCACAUUGAGGCCCCAAGUGUGGAAGUGGAGGUCGGUGAGAAGGGCAAAAUGAAAAUGCCGGAUGUCAAGAUGCCCAGUGUCAAAUUGCCCAAACUAAAGGGCCCCCAGGUGGGGGUCACUCUGCCGAAGUUGGAGGGAGACCUGUCCCUUCCCAAAGCCGAGGGGGAACUGCCAGAGGGAGAAGUGUCCGUCAAGGUGCCCGAAGCGGAAGCCAGCAUUGAGGGAGGCGGAAUGAAAAUACACAUGCCAAAAUUCAAAAUGCCCAGCAUGGGCUUCUCCAAACCGGACCUCAAAGGCCCCAAAGUCGAUGUGGACCUCAGUGCUCCUCCAGUUGACGUCAGUCUUCCUUCCGCUGAUGUCAGCAUUUCCAAACCUGAACUGAAAACAGGAGAGUUUGCGGCCGACCUCAGAGUCUCGGCCCCUGAAGUAAAGAUCCCAUCUGGACAGGCCUCCUUGGACAUCAAGGCCCCGGACCUCCAAGUGGAGGCCCCAUCGGCUGAGAUCGCCCUGGAAGGUGUGGAAGCAAAGCUAGAAGGCGUGGAAGGCAAGUUUAAAAUGCCUAAGUUCCAGAUGCCAAAGUUUGGCAUUUCCCUGCCGAAAGGAAAAGGCGCAGUGGAGGGGGAAAUCAUCGUCCCAUCUCUGGAGGCUGACAUCCCCAAAGCAGAACUCAAAGGCGAAGUGACAGUGCCGUCCCUGCACACAGACCUAAAGGUGUCAGGACCGCACAUUGAGGCCCCAAGUGUAGAAGUGGAGGUCGGUGAGAAGGGCAAAAUGAAAAUGCCGGAUGUCAAGAUGCCCAGUGUCAAAUUGCCCAAACUAAAGGGCCCCCAGGUGGGGGUCACUCUGCCGAAGUUGGAGGGAGACCUGUCCCUUCCCAAAGCCGAGGGGGAACUGCCAGAGGGAGAAGUGUCCGUCAAGGUGCCCGAAGCGGAAGCCAGCAUUGAGGGAGGUGGAAUGAAAAUACACAUGCCAAAAUUCAAAAUGCCCAGCAUGGGCUUCUCCAAACCAGAACUCAAAGGCCCCAAAGUCGAUGUGGACCUCAGUGCUCCUCCAGUUGACGUCAGUCUUCCUUCCGCUGAUGUCAGCAUUUCCAAACCUGAACUGAAAACAGGAGUGUUUGCGGCCGACCUCAAAGUCUCAGCACCUGAAGUAAAGAUCCCAUCUGGACAGGCCUCCUUGGACAUCAUGGCCCCGGACCUCCAAGUGGAGGCCCCAUCGGCUGAGAUCGCCCUAGAAGGUGUGGAAGCAAAGCUAGAAGGCGUGGAAGGAAUGUUUAAAAUGCCUAAGUUCCAGAUGCCAAAGUUUGGCAUUUCCCUGCCCAAAGGAAAAGGCGCGGUGGAGGGGGAAAUCACCGUCCCAUCUCUGGAGGCUGACAUCCCCAAAGCAGAACUCAAAGGCGAAGUGACAGUGCCGUCCCUGCACACAGACCUAAAGGUGUCAGGACCGCACAUUGAGGCCCCAAGUGUGGCAAUGGAGGUCGGUGAGAAGGGCAAAAUGAAAAUGCCGGAUGUCAAGAUGCCCAGUGUCAAAUUGCCCAAACUAAAGGGCCCCCAGGUGGGGGUCACUCUGCCGAAGUUGGAGGGAGACCUGUCCCUUCCCAAAGCCGAGGUGGAACUGCCAGAGGGAGAAGUGUCCGUCAAGGUGCCCGAAGCGGAAGCCAGCAUUGAGGGAGGCGGAAUGAAAAUACACAUGCCAAAAUUCAAAAUGCCCAGCAUGGGCUUCUCCAAACCGGACCUCAAAGGCCCCAAAGUCGAUGUGGACCUCAGUGCUCCUACAGUUGACGUCAGUCUUCCUUCCGCUGAUGUCAGCAUUUCCAAACCUGAACUGAAAACAGGAGAGUUUGCGGCCGACCUCAGAGUCUCGGCACCUGAAGUAAAGAUCCCAUCUGGACAGGCCUCCUUGGACAUCAAGGCCCCGGACUUCCAAGUGGAGGCCCCAUCAGCUGAGAUCGCCGUGGAAAGUGUGGAAGCAAAGCUAGAAGGCGUGGAAGGCAAGUUUAAAAUGCCUAAGUUCCAGAUGCCAAAGUUUGGCAUUUCCCUGCCGAAAGGAAAAGGCGCAGUGGAGGGGGAAAUCAUCGUCCCAUCUCUGGUGGCUGACGUCCCCAAAGGUGAACUCAAAGGUGAAGUGACAGUGCCGUCCCUGCACACAGACCUAAAGGUGUCAGGACCGCACAUUGAGGCUCCGAGUGUGGCAAUGGAGGUCGGUGAGAAGGGCAAAAUGAAAAUGCCGGAUGUCAAGAUGCCCAGUGUCAAAUUGCCCAAACUAAAGGGCCCCCAGGUGGGGGUCACUCUGCCAAAGUUGGAGGGAGACCUGUCCCUUCCCAAAGCCGAGGUGGAACUGCCAGAGGGAGAAGUGUCCGUCAAGGUGCCCGAAGCGGAAGACAGCAUUGAGGGAGGCGGAAUGAAAAUACACAUGCCAAAAUUCAAAAUGCCCAGCAUGGGCUUCUCCAAACCGGACCUCAAAGGCCCCAAAGUCGAUGUGGACCUCAGUGCUCCUCCAGUUGACGUCAGUCCUCCUUCCGCUGAUGUCAGCAUUUCCAAACCUGAACUGAAAACAGGAGAGUUUGCGGCCGACCUCAAAGUCUCGGCCCCUGAAGUAAAGAUCCCAUCUGGAAAGGCGUCCUUGGACAUCAAGGCCCCGGACCUCCAAGUGGAGGCCCCAUCGGCUGAGAUCGCCCUGGAAGGUGUGGAAGCAAAGCUAGAAGGCGUGGAAGGAAUGUUUAAAAUGCCUAAGUUCCAGAUGCCAAAGUUUGGCAUUUCCCUGCCCAAAGGAAAAGGCGCGGUGGAGGGGGAAAUCACCGUCCCAUCUCUGGAGGCUGACAUCCCCAAAGCAGAACUCAAAGGCGAAGUGACAGUGCCGUCCCUGCACACAGACCUAAAGGUGUCAGGACCGCACAUUGAGGCCCCAAGUGUGGCAAUGGAGGUCGGUGAGAAGGGCAAAAUGAAAAUGCCGGAUGUCAAGAUGCCCAGUGUCAAAUUGCCCAAACUAAAGGGCCCCCAGGUGGGGGUCACUCUGCCGAAGUUGGAGGGAGACCUGUCCCUUCCCAAAGCCGAGGUGGAACUGCCAGAGGGAGAAGUGUCCGUCAAGGUGCCCGAAGCGGAAGCCAGCAUUGAGGGAGGCGGAAUGAAAAUACACAUGCCAAAAUUCAAAAUGCCCAGCAUGGGCUUCUCCAAACCGGACCUCAAAGGCCCCAAAGUCGAUGUGGACCUCAGUGCUCCUACAGUUGACGUCAGUCUUCCUUCCGCUGAUGUCAGCAUUUCCAAACCUGAACUGAAAACAGGAGAGUUUGCGGCCGACCUCAGAGUCUCGGCACCUGAAGUAAAGAUCCCAUCUGGACAGGCCUCCUUGGACAUCAAGGCCCCGGACUUCCAAGUGGAGGCCCCAUCAGCUGAGAUCGCCGUGGAAAGUGUGGAAGCAAAGCUAGAAGGCGUGGAAGGCAAGUUUAAAAUGCCUAAGUUCCAGAUGCCAAAGUUUGGCAUUUCCCUGCCGAAAGGAAAAGGCGCAGUGGAGGGGGAAAUCAUCGUCCCAUCUCUGGUGGCUGACGUCCCCAAAGGUGAACUCAAAGGUGAAGUGACAGUGCCGUCCCUGCACACAGACCUAAAGGUGUCAGGACCGCACAUUGAGGCUCCGAGUGUGGCAAUGGAGGUCGGUGAGAAGGGCAAAAUGAAAAUGCCGGAUGUCAAGAUGCCCAGUGUCAAAUUGCCCAAACUAAAGGGCCCCCAGGUGGGGGUCACUCUGCCAAAGUUGGAGGGAGACCUGUCCCUUCCCAAAGCCGAGGUGGAACUGCCAGAGGGAGAAGUGUCCGUCAAGGUGCCCGAAGCGGAAGACAGCAUUGAGGGAGGCGGAAUGAAAAUACACAUGCCAAAAUUCAAAAUGCCCAGCAUGGGCUUCUCCAAACCGGACCUCAAAGGCCCCAAAGUCGAUGUGGACCUCAGUGCUCCUCCAGUUGACGUCAGUCCUCCUUCCGCUGAUGUCAGCAUUUCCAAACCUGAACUGAAAACAGGAGAGUUUGCGGCCGACCUCAAAGUCUCGGCCCCUGAAGUAAAGAUCCCAUCUGGAAAGGCGUCCUUGGACAUCAAGGCCCCGGACCUCCAAGUGGAGGCCCCAUCGGCUGAGAUCGCCCUGGAAGGUGUGGAAGCAAAGCUAGAAGGCGUGGAAGGAAUGUUUAAAAUGCCUAAGUUCCAGAUGCCAAAGUUUGGCAUUUCCCUGCCCAAAGGAAAAGGCGCGGUGGAGGGGGAAAUCACCGUCCCAUCUCUGGAGGCUGACAUCCCCAAAGCAGAACUCAAAGGCGAAGUGACAGUGCCGUCCCUGCACACAGACCUAAAGGUGUCAGGACCGCACAUUGAGGCCCCAAGUGUGGCAAUGGAGGUCGGUGAGAAGGGCAAAAUGAAAAUGCCGGAUGUCAAGAUGCCCAGUGUCAAAUUGCCCAAACUAAAGGGCCCCCAGGUGGGGGUCACUCUGCCGAAGUUGGAGGGAGACCUGUCCCUUCCCAAAGCCGAGGGGGAACUGCCAGAGGGAGAAGUGUCCGUCAAGGUGCCCGAAGCGGAAGCCAGCAUUGAGGGAGGCGGAAUGAAAAUACACAUGCCAAAAUUCAAAAUGCCCAGCAUGGGCUUCUCCAAACCGGACCUCAAAGGCCCCAAAGUCGAUGUGGACCUCAGUGCUCCUACAGUUGACGUCAGUCUUCCUUCCGCUGAUGUCAGCAUUUCCAAACCUGAACUGAAAACAGGAGAGUUUGCGGCCGACCUCAGAGUCUCGGCACCUGAAGUAAAGAUCCCAUCUGGACAGGCCUCCUUGGACAUCAAGGCCCCGGACUUCCAAGUGGAGGCCCCAUCAGCUGAGAUCGCCGUGGAAGGUGUGGAAGCAAAGCUAGAAGGCGUGGAAGGCAAGUUUAAAAUGCCUAAGUUCCAGAUGCCAAAGUUUGGCAUUUCCCUGCCGAAAGGAAAAGGCGCAGUGGAGGGGGAAAUCAUCGUCCCAUCUCUGGUGGCUGACGUCCCCAAAGGUGAACUCAAAGGUGAAGUGACAGUGCCGUCCCUGCACACAGACCUAAAGGUGUCAGGACCGCACAUUGAGGCUCCGAGUGUGGCAAUGGAGGUCGGUGAGAAGGGCAAAAUGAAAAUGCCGGAUGUCAAGAUGCCCAGUGUCAAAUUGCCCAAACUAAAGGGCCCCCAGGUGGGGGUCACUCUGCCGAAGUUGGAGGGAGACCUGUCCCUUCCCAAAGCCGAGGUGGAACUGCCAGAGGGAGAAGUGUCCGUCAAGGUGCCCGAAGCGGAAGACAGCAUUGAGGGAGGCGGAAUGAAAAUACACAUGCCAAAAUUCAAAAUGCCCAGCAUGGGCUUCUCCAAACCAGAACUCAAAGGCCCCAAAGUCGAUGUGGACCUCAGUGCUCCUCCAGUUGACGUCAGUCUUCCUUCCGCUGAUGUCAGCAUUUCCAAACCUGAACUGAAAACAGGAGAGUUUGCGGCCGACCUCAGAGUCUCGGCCCCUGAAGUAAAGAUCCCAUCUGGACAGGCCUCCUUGGACAUCAAGGCCCCGGACCUCCAAGUGGAGGCCCCAUCGGCUGAGAUCGCCCUGGAAGGUGUGGAAGGACAGGUAGAAAGUGUGAAAGGCAAGUUUAAAAUGCCUAAGUUCCAGAUGCCAAAGUUUGGCAUUUCCCUGCCCAAAGGAAAAGGCGCAGUGGAGGGGGAACUCACCGUCCCAUCGGUGCAGGCUCAUGUCUCCAAAGCAGAACUCAAAGGCGAAGUGACAGUGCCAUCCCUGCACACGGGCCUAAAGGUGUCAGGAUCCCACAUUGAGGCCCCAACCAUGGAAGUGGAGGUCGGUGAGAAGGGCAAAAUGAAAAUGCCGGAUGUCAAGGUGCCCAGUGUCAAAUUGCCCAAACUAAAGGGCCCCCAGUUGGGGGUCACCUUGCCGAAGUUGGAGGGCGAGCUGUCCCUUCCCAAAGCCGAGGGGGAACUGCCAGAGGGAGAAGUGUCCGUCAAGGUGCCCGAAGCGGAAGCCAGCAUUGAGGGAGGCGGAAUGAAAAUACACAUGCCAAAAUUCAAAAUGCCCAGCAUGGGCUUCUCCAAACCAGACCUCAAAGGCCCCAAAGUCGAUGUGGACCUCAGUGCUCCUACAGUUGACGUCAGUCUUCCUUCCGCCGAUGUCAGCGUUUCCAAACCUGAACUGAAAACGCGAGAGCUUGCGGCCGACCUCAGAGUCUCGGCACCUGAAGUAAAGAUCCCAUCUGGACAGGCCUCCUUGGACAUCAAGGUCCCGGACCUCCAAGUGGAGGCCCCAUCGGCUGAGAUCGCCCUGGAAGGUGUGGAAGCAAAGCUAGAAGGCGUGGAAGGCAAGUUUAAAAUGCCUAAGUUCCAGUUGCCAAAGUUUGGCAUUUCCCUGCCCAAAGGAAAAAGCGCAGUGGAGGGGGAAAUCACCGUCCCUUCGGUGGAGGCUGACAUCCCCACAGCAGAACUCAAAGACGAAGUGACAGUGCCGUCCCUGCACACGGACAUAAAGGUGUCAAGACCCCACAUUGAGGCCCCAAGCGUGGAAGUGGAUGUGGGCGAGAAGGGCAAAAUGAAAAGGCCCGAUGUCAAGAUGCCCAGUGUCAAAUUGCUCAAACUAAAGGGCCCCCAGGUGGGGGUCACCCUGCCAAAGUUGGAGGGAGACCUGUCCCUUCCCAAAGCCGAGGUGGAUCUGCCAGAGGGAGAAAUGUCCGUCAAGGUGCCCGAAGCGGAAGCCAGCAUUGAGGGAGGCGGAAUGAAAAUACACAUGCCAAAAUUCAAAAUGCCCAGCAUGGGCUUCUCCAAACCGGACCUCAAAGGCCCCAAAGUCGACGUGGACCUCAGUGCUCCUACAGUUGACGUCAGUCUUUCUUCCGGUGAUGUCAGCAUUUCCAAACCUGAACUGAAAACUGGAGAGUUUGCGGCCGACCUCAAAAUCUCAGCAUCUGACGUUAAGAUCCCAACAGGCCAAGCCUCGUUUGAUAUCAAGGCCCCAGACCUCCAGGUGGAGGCCCCAUCGGCUGAGAUCGCCCUGGAGGGCAGCGAGGCAAAGCUUGAAGGUGUUGACAGCAAGUUUAAAAUGCCUAAGUUCCAAAUGCCAAAGUUUGGUAUUUCUCUUCCCAAGGCAAAAGGAUCUUUGGGGAGGGAAAUCUCCACACCUUCCAUGGAAGCUGAGGUCCCCAAUGUAGAGACAGAGAGUGAAUUUGUGUUGAGUGCCCACGGUGCAGAAAUAAGUACUGAAGGUGUUUGUGCUGAUAUUGAUCUUGGUGCUGCAGAGACCACUGUUGAUGUCUCUAAGAGUAAGAUGAAGAUGCCAAAAUUUCACCUGCCAAAAUUUGGAUUACAACGUAGUAAAGAUAAAAUAGUGGAAGGUAGAUUUAGAGCAUCCAAAACUGACUCUGAGAUUCCAGAUAUAGACACUGAUGUAGAAAUCUUGAAUAUCAGAGGGAUUGAAACCUCUGAAAGAGGAGCAGAUAUUUCAGGCCUAAGUAUACAUACUUCACCAUUAAACGUGCCCCCAGGUACAGAAACUGAUAUUCAUAUAUCAGAUAUGGAGGUUGGCCUUCCAUCUCUAGAUGUUUCUGUUCCAAAGACAGAAGUUCACAUCCAAUUACCAGAUGUAGACAGUAAAGAUUUAAAAAUUGAAUCCAGUGAAAAAGAUACUGUAGAAAAAGAAAGUAAGUUUAAGAUGCCAAAAUUCAAGCUGCCUUCAUUCAACUGGUCUCCAAAAAAAGAAGCAACUGUUUCUAGUGAUAUCGAUGCCAGCUGGGAAGAUCACUCAGGAAUAAUUUCAACAAGCAAUCAAGAACCAGAAUUAACCCUUAAUGUAGAGGAAGUUGAGGGUCAACUCGUAGAACUGGAUAGUUAUGUUACUACCGCUAAAGACAGUGAAAGAAGCAAAAUUAGACGGCCUCAAUUUAGCAUGCCAAAAUUAUCCCUUCCAAAAAUGAAGGGUCAUAAAGCUGAAAUAUCUGUGUCACAACUGGAAACUGAUAUUAGAGUCCCUAAACCAGAAGAUGAAGGAGACAGUAAAUUGCUCCUCUUGGAGAAAGAAAUCAGUGGAGGGGAUCUGAAAAAAGUCAUUAAAAUGCCCAAAGUUAAAGUCCCAAGCCUAGAUUUUUCUGAACCAGAAAUUAAAGCUCCAGAUGUUGACAUCGAGGUCACCAUACCUAAACCUGAUGCCAGUGUUUCAAAACCAGGAUUAAAGUCAGGCACUCUUGGUAUUGAUAUUAUUACAGCAACUUCUGAAAUUAAGGAUUCUGUGUCAGAGGAACCAAAAGAUCCAGAAGCAAAAAUAGAAGGAUGGUCUGCUGAAAUAUCUGUAGAUGGGGCAGAGAUUAAAACUGAAGGUGUGGAAGGAAAGAUGAAAAAGCCCAAAUUCCAAAUGCCCAAAUUUGGAAUUCCAUUUUCUAAAGGAAAAGUUCCAGACAUGGAGGUUAGUUUACCGUCAGUGGAGGCAGAGGUUCCCCAGCUGAAAACGACAACAGAUAUUGCUGAUAUUGCCAUGGAGGCACCAACCCUUGAAGCUGAAUGUGCUGUAGCUGUUGGAGAAACAGGAAUUUUGGAUGAAAAAAUAAAGACCCCUGCAAUUCCUGAAGCUGUCCUGAAAGCUCCUGCGCUGGACAUAAAACUCUCAUCAGCUGGGAUUUCUAUCCCACCAUCAGAGAAAGAUAUUCAAAAUUUAGAAGCUGUAUCUAAGGAAGCCAGACUCGAAGGAGAUUUGAAGAGCGGGAGUUUAGAUAGAGAAGAAAAAGAGGGACACUUCAAAAUGCCAAAAUUCAAGCUACCAUCAUUUGGUUGGUCCCCUAAAAAAGAAGCAAGCCUUAAGACAGAUUUAAAAGAACCUCUGGAAGAACCUACAAUAAUAUUGCCAGACGAUACAGAUGCAGGCCUAACAGUCGUUAUUUCAGAAGAUCAAGGGGUCCAUGGGGACCUUGAUGCUGAGUUGUUUUCCAAAAAAGACCAGGUGAAAAGGCCUCAUUUUGCCAUGCCCAAAAUCUCUCUCCCUAAGCCAAAAUUACCUAAAUCUCAGGUUAGCCUAUCAAAAGUAGAGGCAGAUAUAAUUGAGGAAAGACAAGGAGAAGCGGUACAAAUUCCUGAUAUAGAAAGCAGUUUUACCACCACAAAAGAAGGAGGAGCAGAAAUAAGCAUUAAGAUGCCAAAAGGGAGAUCAAAGCCAGAAAUCAAAGCUGCCAAAAUAGAUGUAGAUGCUAAAGUACCUGCAGUAGAUAUUAAAGUUCCUGCUACUGUUAGUGCAUUUGAGCUGAAAAGUUCGGAAAGAGGAUUUGAAGGAACAUCGGGUGAAAUUGAUAUGGAUAGUGCAGGUAGGAAAAGCGAUGGCGUAGAAAUCAGGCUGCCAAAACUCCAGAUGCCAAACUUUGGAAUCUCCGUUCCUGAAGGGAAAGUGCCUGAGAGUGAGAUGGUCAUACCAGCUAUGGAAGCUGAAGCUUCGAAACGACAAGUGACAACAACAGAGAGACUUGAUGGAGACGCUCCAGUCCUGGAAGUUCAACCUGAUACUGCUGAUGUCGAAAUUAAGAGUUUGUCUGUGAAAAUCAAAGGGUCACAAAUGCCCACAGCUGAAAUCAAAGCAUCUGACAUCCCUGAUGUAAAUGUACAAGGAGAACAUGAAAUUCAGAUUGAGGAAUCUCAGGGCUGGUUUAAAAUGCCAAAGUUCAGAAUGCCAUUCAGCCGGUCAUCUUUAAAGGGGAAAAAAAGUGAUGCCGAGGUUGAAGGUAGCAUUAAGAAGGCGCCCACUGCUGACAUGCAAGUUGAAAUAAAGACUCCUGAAACUGCAGCACAGUCUCUCCAUACAGACAUUGAGUCAUGCUCCGGAAAGGACGUUAUAGAAGGCAAAGUCGCAUUUUCUCAAGUGGCAGUUCCGGAAGGUGGAAUUUCAAUACAGAAAGAAAAGGGCUCUGAAUUUGGCCUGUCAGUGGGCAAAGGCAGUCUUUCCCAACCUUCAGGAAAAAUAGAUAUUCAAGUAAGUGCCCAGGAGAGUAAAACAUAUGCUGAGGCUGUUAAACAUGGUGCUGAAGGACAGCUACAGAAGCCUCCAUUCUCAGGCCCUAACCUGAAAGAGCCAGAGGUUGCCCUGCCAGAAGUUAAAACGGACGCUUCGAUGGCUGAUGAAGACUUUGAAAUAAUAGAGUUGCCAGUUGAAGGUUUUGAAAAGGACACAUCUACAGAAGCGGAGGUGAAAGUAGAAGAAAGAGACAGAUCAGUUAAAACAAAAGCGUCUAAAUUCAAGAUGCCGAAGUUUGGAAGCCUGCGUACCAAAGCACGGGGCUCAGAAGUCCACGCUGAUCCACCAGGCGUGGAAGCUGGGGUGUUGCUAGCUAAAACUGAAGGAGGGAUAUUAGAAAUCCAGGUUCAAAAGGGAGAAGGGUCUGGUGACCUAAAAAGUGAAAAGCUAGAUUUUACGGGGAAACCAGCAGAUACUGUGGACACCGGAUCUGAAGAUUCAGAGCCAAAUUUCCAUAUUCCAAAAUUAAAAAUGCCCUUGUUCACACACAGCUCACCCACUUCUGAAGGACAAGUUUUGAGUUUAGAAGGAACAACAGAUGGGAAAUGUGACUAUCCUGGUGUUGCACCUGCCCUGGAAUUCAAGACUCAAGCCCUUGAAGAGAAAGCAGACCAGGCAGAUGAUGAUAUCCAGAAGUCAAAAGUCAAGAUUACAAUAUUAUCUGAACCAGCUAUUCAAAGAACAAAGGCGGAGAGCAAAAUGCCAUCUAAAGAGUCUACGUUUGCAGAGACUGCAGUACGUAUACAGAGGCCGAUGGAAUUUAGCACUGGUUUUCCCAAAGAGAAAAUAGAUACCAUGGGUCGUACUAUCCAUAAGUCAAUAGCUAAAAUUACAACUUUGACUGAACCAGACAUUCAGACAACACAACUUGAGAUUAAACUCCCAUCUGCAGACUCCUUUACGCCAGAUGCAUCAGUGCACGUUCAAGGACCUCGAGGUGAGAGUAAAGAAACAAAAACAGAAGGUACAUCAGUGCUUGGUUAUGGUUACAGUGAAAGUCAGGGGACGUUCUCCACUCAGAUAGUAAGAGAAUCUGAGAUUCCUCCAUCAGAAAUUAAAACUGCAGCCUAUGGGUUUUCUCUGCUCAAAAUGAAGAUGCAGGAACCACAUUUGAGUGUAGCUAUACCAGUCAAAUGUUCUUCUACAGAAGUUAUGCAUGAAACAUUUGAGAGUGAAGUUCUCCAGCCUAAGCUUGCAGAUGAAAGUUCAGGAAUAACAACGCAGAAAACUGGCUCCGUCGGAUUUAAAGUAUCUGACAAGGACCAAGAUACAGCUGGUGAUUUCACUGAAGGAGCAUCUUCCACUAUAACGGUGACAAAACUGAAAACAUAUACUGUUGAAGUACAAUCUUCUAGUGAAUUUUCAGAUAUUUAUUCUGAUAAGCAACCAAAAGAAGUAUCUGCUUCUGCUGUAUCCAAAGAUAAUGAAGAAACAAAAACUGCCAGAUCAGGAGAAGAGCCCACAGACCAAAAAGAGAAAUCUGAUAGUAAGAGUUCUUCAGGCAGGUUUAAAUUCUGGUUUCCAAGUAUCGGGUUUUCUUCUUCCGUCGAUGACACAACCACAGAUUCCAAAGCUGAAGAGCAAACUUCAUUUCCCGAAGAAACACAAACCAAAGACCCAUCUACAACAGACAGUGACCCUGCUAGGCAAACCGGGUGGUUCAGAUUUCCCAAAUUAGGUUUUUCAUCUCCAGCAAAAAAAAUCAAGGAAGUUGACAAAGAAGAAGAGGAGACAGAUACAAAAGAGAGGAAACCUCAGGGUGAGGAAAGCCCAACCGAAAAAACUGAAACGUUUUUUGAUGCCCAAGAAACGUUACCCCCUAAAGAAAUGGCGUCAGAGGCAGAAAAAAUCCCAGAGACUUCACCUUUGCCAGCCAUUGUUUCGUCUUCGGCAAGAACCGAAUUGAUACUACUAGAGAAAGAGAAAGCUGCCUCUCAAAGCAUUCCUGAAGAGCCAUCAAAAUGAGUGGGUUUCUUCUCAGUAUUCAGUCAUACAUACAAAAAUAAGAUAAUGGGGAAAAAAACCUUUAAAAAUAACCAAAAACCUUUAAAAAUAACCAAAAAAUAUUGUCUUCUUUCUAGAAAAAAUGGAAUGUUGUUUAAAUGCUUUAAAAUGAUGAAAGAAAUGUUUUGUGCUACAAUAGUAUUUUCAAGCUCAUUACAGAGUUGGGAAAUAGUUCAUAACAAAGACAGUUAUUGCAUGGGAUAUGUAAGUAAACAAACCAACCAGACUACUGAUAAAAGGUGAUUGUAGCGCUAAUGAAGCCAAGAGAUAUCAUUUCUGCUAAUUGCCUGAGAAACGUUCUUUCUUCAUGCCUAUUUAGUGGAACGAUGACUGGACAAGACGGUAAACACAAGCAUUUGAGAAAACAGCAAUGAUUUUGUCCUAAAUUGAAUGCAGAAAAUAGUAGGAAGCUAUUGCUGGGAGAAAAAAAAACAUAUUUCCUUUUUUAGAUUUAUUUUUUUAACUGUAUUUCUGCUGCUAUCUUAUGAAAAAAUAUAUAUAUUUUCAUUAUUUUAGAAAGCAAUAGAUGCAUUUCGGGAUCAUUUUAAAACAACAUAGACCAAAAAGAAAUAAUAAUAAUGCUUAUUCUUCUUUUCCAGUUUGGAAAUAGGGUAGCAUUUCGCGUCUUCUUUUAAAAAGCUCAGCAUCUCUGACAGGGAAAUGUAUAUAUACAGAUUUUCAGCAUUAUCAGUCCACUCAAUAGCUCAGUUAAACAGGUAAUAGGAAUUAAAGUAAAGCCGUUUAUAGCUCAGUCCUAAACGUUUGCACCAACAAACCUAUGUAGAAUUUCCUGCAGUAGUUGUAUCGUAACGCCUUUCUGAAUGGUGUUGUGCUGGCAUCACUGUGAAUAUAACCCAACCUGAGCACUGAAGUGUCAAAAAAGUAUGUCUGAGGACUGCUUCAGAAAUCCCUUUUUAUUAUGAACCUUCUUAACUAAACGUUACAGUGUCAGUGUGACUUUUGAUGAGUUUUAUGUGCGCCAAUUCAUAUCAAGAUCGGAUGCAUUUGGGUAGUCGCCUGCUGUAUGAAAACCUUACCUAGAGUCAUGCUUGGCAUUUCCAUACUGUGGUAAGUUGUGCUUGUGUAUCUACCAUAUUGUAAACGAACAAGCUUUUGAAAUGCUGCUGCAAAUGUUGUUUCACGCCUUUGCAGCAGAGUGUCAAAAGUGGAAUCCUGUACAUGACAAGUGAAUUCAGGUGGUCAGCUUGCCACAGGCUGGAAGCCGACACAAGAAGGUUUUCCGUUUGGCUAGCGCACCACUAAGGUGUUUGUCCAAAUAAGCUCCCAGUUUUAGGGUAAAUACAGAUGAGAGCAAAUACAGUGUACAUCUGACACACUUAUGCACACUCCCCUUUCAUGCAACGAGAAUUUUAUCAUUUCCCUGCUUCCUCUUCUGAUCAAGUAUAGAAAAGCAGUAAAAUUCUUCUUGCUGCUUAACAAGACAAUCAGCUUAGAAGACCGUUUCUAGUCCUGUUGCCUCGUUUGUUGGAUGUCUCGUCCUGUUUGUGUUGCCUUACACUGUGUAAUCCGCCUUUAGUCUCAGUGAGAAAGGCGGACUAUAAAUAAAAUAAGUAAAUAAAUAAAUUGAUAUGGACAGACAUGCUGAAUCAAUCAAAGGCCUAUCUAGUCCAACAUCCCAUUUCAUAUAGUGGCCAAACAGAUACCCCUCCCCAAGAUGCCCCUUACAAGUAAGGCACAAAGGUCGAGGCCUCCCUUAUCAUUUCCGCCAAGCAUUGUUAUUCAGAGUUAUUCCUCUGAACAUAAAAAUUCCAUUUAGUUAUUGUAGCUAAUAGCCAUUGAUGGAUUUAUCAGCUUCACUGGGUGCUCAUGAGACCUGGUAGAGAGAAAGGCAAAUACUCUGUGUCGACUUUCUCUACCCAAUGCAUAAUCUUAUAAACCACUCAUUCCCCACCUCCCCUUUUAGAUAUCUCUUCUCUGAAUUCAAAAGCCUCAGACUCCCAUCGUUUUUUCUUGUAGAAGAGUUACUCUAACCCCUUAAGCAUUUUGGUUGUCCUUUCCUUCAUUUUUGUCAUCUCGAUAAUACCUGUUUGUGAUGUGGCGACCAAAACUUUACAACAACGUUCUUCAUAUGGCCACAACAUAACAUUUAUACAAGGAUAUGACAAUACCAGUUAUUCUGUUUUCAGUCCUUUUUCGCAUGGUCUGUAGCACAGAAUUUGCCAUUCUGUGGUUGCACAGUGAGCCAACUUUUUAAUCGAGAUGGACACCUCAACAAAAUGGCCUUGUAUAUACCACAGCAAGUUGUCAUCUCUUAUACUGGUUCAUCUUCAUUCACUCAAAGGACCAUUUAUCAAGUACUAAUUUAUCACAAUGUGCCAGGAACAUAAGAAGAGCCGUGUUGAAUCAGACCUGUGGUCCAUCUAGUCCAGCGCAUCUGAUCUCACACUUUGGAGGGCCAACAACAUGGCCGAGUAGCCAAGGUCUCCCUUGCUGUUGCCUCCUCACACUGGUAUUCAGAGGUUUACUGUCACCAUGACUAGUAGACACUGAUAGACCUAUCCUCCAUGAAUCUGUCAAAUCUCUUUUAAUGGCAUCUAUGCCUGCGGCCAUCACCGCAUCCUCUAGCAACAAAUUCCACAUGUUAAUCACUCAUUGUGUACGGAAGUAUUUCCUUUUGUCUGUCCUGAAUCCACUGCCCAUCAGCUCCAUUUGGUAAAUCCAUUUCUGUAACCAUUGAACAGUAUUUUCCACAUAUCUUGCAUAAAUGUAACACGCUAGUCCCAAGACUAGGGCAGAUUAAAUUUCAUUUUUCCCAAAGCAUCUCUGAUACAAAUUCCAUUUUGCCCAAAGCAUCUCCGAUAUGAAACUGACAAGAAAUACAUCUAACCAUUCAAAAGUCCCAAUCACUGACAUGGCUCUUUGAUAAAAAGGAACUUCUGAAUCAGGCGCCACUUAUUCAGACAUUCACCCCAUUGAAUUCAGUGGGGCCUAAAGCUGAAUGCUUUGGUGUGACUGGACUGUGGACUGGAACACAAAUAACUUCAAAACCUUCAUAAUCGCUGGGAGUAACACUAUAAUAGUAGCUGGGAAUAUAUUCAGAACGGAGCAUAUUCAAGUGGCUUUCCUAGAGAAACAAGUUGUAAAUAGUUAUUUGGCUUUUGGAGUAUAUGAUUGCUUGUUGCAAAUAUGCAACCAACCAGAAGGUAUAUUGUGUUACUGUAUGGCAAGAAUGUUGAAUGUAUUUCUGGCUAUGUUCCUGGUGUGGAAAUAAAUGCAAUACCAUUAA